CAUUAGCAUGACAGAGCAGGGCAGCAGAGGGAGGCGGACUUGCGACCUGGACCGCUGCUUCUCUCUCCCUCCUCGCAUCUUUCCUGCUAACAAUGUUAUAACAUGUGAAAGACAGCAAGUAAGGGUUUCGACGAGCUGCUGGCGCUGUAUUUCUUAGGGCAAUUUUAUGGGAGACGGUCAGUGAACGCCAGAGGGAUCUUCCAAAGUUUUUGCAGUGGCAGAUACGAUGAGCAGCGUCUGUCUCACCCUCCAGGUGCUGCUACUGUGCGGGUUCCUCAUGGCGCAGCAGCAGCAGCUGCUGCCGGGGUCCUGCAACUUUGAGCUGGGCACCUGUGGCUACACGUCAGACCCAGAGUAUGGCAGCUGGAGAAUGAAUGAAGAAGGGCAUUUGAUAACAGUGGACUCAGCUUUCUUACAUGACCAGGAGCAGGCAGUUCUCGUCAGUCCAGUUCUUGACCAGCAGGAUUGGGCCUGUGUGAGGCUGGUGUAUCAGAUCACUGGGCUAGGUUCCCUGCAUCUCCACCUCAGGCCAGACAGUGACAACUUUGACUACCGGCUUUGGACUGCCAAUCGAACCUCUGACAGCUGGCUCAUUGCUAGUGUGGAUCUACCCAACACUACCAUCUCCUACCAGAUUUUGCUGGAAGGUCGAGCUGAACGUGGUUCGGGGAACAGCGUUGCCAUCUUUGAAAUUCACAUUGUUCCUGGUUACUGCAUAGAGUGUAAUUUUGAGGAGCAUCAUCUCUGUGGCUACAGUAACAGCUGGAACCCAAAUGUCAACUGGUAUGUUGGAGGGAGUGUGGCAAGAGAGCCAGAGUUUAAUCUGCUUGAAAACCAUGCCAACUAUAACCUUAGAGGCCACUACAUGUAUGUGGAUUCUGUGUACGCCAAGCACUUUCAGGAAGUGGCCAAGCUAUCCUCACCUAUGACCACGGUGCCCAUGGCUGGCUGUCUGUCUUUUUACUACCAUCGAGACCAGGAGCGGGGAAACAUCUUCUCAGUUUUCACCAGAGACCAGCUGGGCCACUAUGAAGAGAUCUGGAGGCCAGAGGCGUAUGUUACUGCUGGCUGGACUCUGGUCAGCGUUGACAUCAAAGUGCCAUACCCUUCGGAGGUGGUGUUUGAGGUGGCUUUUAACAGUGCCAGAGGCGGAUAUGUGGCCAUAGAUGACAUCUCCUUUUCUCCUGAAUUCUGCCACACUGACACAGAACCGACCUUUAAUCCCUCUAUAGCCAAUUGUGACUUUGAGAAUGGCUUGUGUCUGUACUACCAGGAGAGAGCAGAGGCUAAAGUGUGGAGCAGAGUUUCAGUCAAACCAAAUGCCUACAGGAUAGGAGACCAUACCACAGGAACAGGCUGUUUCCUCCUGGCAAACACUCGCUUCACAUCGAUGCCCGGUUAUGUUGGUCGACUUCAUGGUCCCUUUUUACCAGGGAACCACAAAUACUGCCUGAGGUUCUACUACGUGAUUCAUGGAUUUAGAAAUGCAGACAAUGCUCUUGUUCUCUACAUUUAUGACGAGAACAAUGUGGCCCAGGAGAAGGUAUGGAGCCUGGCAGACACUUCCAGGGCUGUAUGGACUGAGGUGGAGAUCACCUACAUAAAGCCCAUGCUUUCCAAGCUAGUGUUUGUCAGCAUAUGUAAGAACUUCUGGGAGUGUGGCUUAGUAGCCAUCGAUGACAUCACUGUCAGCCUGGGGGACUGUCGAAUCACAGCAGGCUCUCUCCCAGGACAGUGUAACUUUGACAGUGGAAUCUGUGGCUACAUCCAGGAUAAGAAAGGAGACAAGGCAGACUGGCUUCGAGUCCGAGGACUUACCCCAACUUCCUAUACAGGACCCAGAGGAGACCACACCACAGGGGUGGGUUACUUCAUGUACAUUGAGGCGUCACUCAUGCGUCCGGGUCACAAAGCUCGGCUGCUGACCUCUGAACUAAGGGGCUCCUCGUCCUCUCAGUGUUUGAUCUUUUAUUACCACAUGUAUGGGUCUGGCACCGGCAUACUGAGCGUGCUCCUGCACCAUGGCAGCAGAGAGCAGGACACGCUGCUGUGGAGACGACGUGGUGAGCAGAGUAUCAGCUGGAUGAGGGCGAUGGUGGACUACCACUGUGAUGUCCGACACCAGAUUAUAUUUGAAGCAAUCCGAGGCCCAUCACUGCGAAGUGAUAUUGCUAUUGAUGACAUCUCUUUUAAAAGGGGACCAUGUGACGAUCCUGGUGACAUCACUCCAUACUCAGGCUUCUCAGAGUAUUUCAAUGAGAUUGAGAACUGAGACUGGUGGGAUGCCUUUCUGUAUAAUUGCUUGGUUGUUUUUCAGAGUUGGGCAAGCUGACUUUCAGAAGUGUGAGUGUGAGUAAUCCACCGUGCCAAUUUACAGAGUGGUAGAGCAAUGCUUAUGUUACAGUCAGGACCUCGACGCCACUGUGUUGCUGUCUUUCUUCACUUCCCAGUCUAGUAAAUUCUUUAUUUGUUGAUUUAUUUUGUUUCUCUAAUUACAAUGAAAGAUCAUGAAACUGUAUUACACACAGGGUAAUAAUGGCUGUGCCAUAUACUUCAUUGUCAUGAAACAACCAAAAUCCAGUGUUAAGACCUGCUGACACUAUGCACAAAAUAUCAUAAAUAUGUUUUGGCACUUACUUUCAUCUUAAGCUAUACCAUAUGUCAGUUAAAAAUACAUAGAUGACACUAUUACUGUUACUUUCAUUCAGACCUUAGGCUAUGUUCACAUUACAGGCCUUAAUGCUCAAUUCAGUUUUUUUCUUGUCAGAUCCAGUCGUUUUCUGUUGAUGGUUUACAUUCAUGUUUGUAAGUGACGUCUCCAACUUCAUGUCUAAACAGUGUCGAGAUCAUAAACUGCCCCAAAUGUUGAGAUUUAUCUGAAAUGUGAGCUAUGUGCCUACAAGAAUAA